CCUCCCCCGCUGCUGUUUGUUUUCGAGGUGGAGCCUGAUACCCCGGCUUCUCCAAACUGAACCGCCGCGCGAAGGAGCCGGAGCAGACGGACUGGGACCAGAUCUCUGUGGCACGGAUCGGGGACGCAGCAGCUCGGGACGGGGACAUAGAAGAAGGAUCUCGUGGAGCGCUUGUUACGGUCUAGUUACUUAUUCACACCACACACGGAGGAGCUUCCAGAAAGAUGAAUUGUUUCAUCCUGCUGUCGCUUUUUGCCACGAUUGUCGCCGGAAAGUCACCUCGGCUGAAAUUCGUUCUGCAAGAGGCCUCCAGGUUCCACUUCAGCAGACCGGAGAACUACGUCAGCAUGCACCACCCGGAGGGCAGCGACAGGCUGUACGUGGGCGGCCGGGCGACGCUCUACGUGCUGACCUUCACCAGCCGGGGGGUCCGCAACCUGGAGAUCCCAGCGGCAUCCGACCAGACUGCGAUCGAUACCUGCAAGGCGAAGGCGAACUCACUCGAGCUGGAGUGUGAUAACUUCAUCACCGUCAUUCAGAAAGUCAACGACACGCUGUUAGUAUGUGGAACAAAUGCUGGGAGCCCCAGGUGCUGGAUGCUGGUGAAUGACACCGUGCUGACUGACGUCCAGGGCAACGGGCAGAUAGGGCCCUCCUCGGACAUCUCACCCCCCUACCCGUCCCAGAGGUCCAUCAGCUUGCCUGCAGAUGGGAGCCUGUACUCCGCCAUGUCGUCGGUGGCGGGUCAGGCCGGCUCCAUCCGCCGGACCUUUGGCUCCCAGAAGCUCCUGAAGACGGAGAACGUUUGGCUGCUGAAUCCGCAGUUCGCCGGUGCAGCCAUCAUCCCGUCGUCGAUAAAGCACAAGGAGGAGGUGUACUUCUUCUUCAGCGAGUUCAACAGGACGGCCCGCGUGGACGAGGAGCCGUACAAGGCCCGCAUCGGACGGAUCUGCACGGUGGACGAGGGCGGCAUCAAGGCCCUGCUGGCGGACUCGUGGACCACCUUCAUGAAGGCGCGGGUGAUGUGCGGCGCCGGAAACACUCAGCAGCAGUACAACAACAUGAAGCAGGCCGUGGUGCUGACGGCGCAGGACAAGAGGGCCGGAGUCCUGUACGGCCUGUUCUCCAACGCGUGGGGCCGGACGGUGAUCUGUGCGUACUCCAUCGAGGACAUCGACCAGGCCUUCUCCACGUCCAAGCUGAAGGGCUACAGCAGCUCCUUCAUCGGCAGCCGGCCCGGCAUGUGCGUCCGCAAGAACUCCACGGCCGGAGCUCACGCCGACAUCAAGAACCUCGGGGUGAUCCGGUACCACCCGGAGAUCGAGGACGUGAUCCGGCCGGUGGGCGUGGCCCCGCUCGACCUGCCCACCGACGACCAGAUCACGCACGCCGUGGCCGACAUCGUCCUGGCGGUCAACGACGAGCACUACAGCGUCCUGUACCUGGGCACAGACCAGGGCAAAAUUCUGAAGGUUCUGCACACCAGCGAGGGCGUCUUCGUCAUAUCUCAGUACUCUCUGUUCCACAAUGAGGGCCCCGUUCUCAACAUGGCUAUCGACUCCCAGAAGGGACACCUGUACGUCAGUACAGCCAUGGAGGUCCAGAGACUGCCGCUGGCUGACUGCGGUCGCUACGGCGACACGUGCAGGGAGUGCAUCCUUUCCCGGGAUCCGUACUGCGGCUGGGACCGGGCCAGGAGGAGGUGCAUCCCCAUCCCGCCCGGAUACAACGCCACCACCGGGACACUUGUCCAGAACCUGGACCAUUCAAACUCCUCGGUUUGUGGGGAAGCUGCUGCUCUGAAGCAGCGCCGCACCUCCCCCAGAGAAGUGAUGGUGCAGUCCAACACCUCCAUCUUCCUCCCGUGCCCCGUGCGCUCCUUCCACGCCACGUACCGCUGGGAGAAGGACAACUGCGUCAGGAACUACCCCUGCCUCUUCUCCGGAGACUUCUGCGUCCUGGGGCCGGCCGUGGACACGCCCCUGAAGAACGGCGUCUUCCGCUGCAUGGCCACCGAGGACGGGUUCAAGGUGGAGGUCAUCUCCUUCAGGCUGGUGAACGACGGGAGGCUCCUGGCCGCCUCCCUGGUCUCCACCUUGGGGCCGUCCCUCCUGCUCGCCAUGGCCACCCUGUGGCUCCAUUAACCGCAGCUAUCGCUAAUGCUAACCCCCCCCCUCCUCCCCCACCCCACCCCCCCCAAUGCGAGAAACACAAGGAGCCCCUGUUAGGAGGACGGGUUCGCAGAGUAUCCGAGUACAUGGUUGGGAUGAAAUCAAUUCCACAUUGAUUUUUAGAGAAAGAUUUCAAAAAUUUUGCAUUUUCUUGCACGAAGCAACGUCUCCAUCCGAUCUUUAAGCUAAAGGCCCAUAAAUCAACACGCCCCCCGGGUUGGGUCGACCAUAAUUAGGUGCUUUGCGAACCUUUCCUCUCUGACUCGUAACAUAUCGCAUGAGUUGGGGCGAUAAACAAUACCAGGCCAAUUCUUUACCCCCAUCCCUCUACUUCUUUUCAAACUGACUGUGCUUAUUUGUGAUUAUAUAAACCUUUAAUGCCGCUCUUACGUCUAAUUAUCCGUCUCGUUAAUCUUUCAUCGGUAUAGCUCAUCAGUACUUUAGCAAAUUGUCUGGUAUUGAGAUUUAAAAAGCCUUAACACUUCGGGGACAUUGACUCCUAAGCACAAUACUGCAGUGGAGGCAGAAUCCUGCAGCCGCGGUGGGACGGUCGCUGUAACCACGGCGUCCGGGUCCCGAGCGGCGUGCUGGGGAGGAAGUGUCCGCUUCGCGACAGGAAGUGGGCGGGUGGGCGAGAGCUCACCUUGGAACAUCACUGUGUCUCAGCACGUCCUCCUCACACGAGGAAGUUUUUUUAUCAGGUGGAAUUAAAAGUCUUUAUUGCACCUUGUUCACGGCUUUGUCCGUAAGAUUUAUUAUUAUUAUUUUCUUUUAUACAACGUUGUCUUUUCUUCGCCACAGAAACAAAAGAAUUAACAAGAAAAACAUUAAAUAAUUCAAUGACACUUUCAAUCAAUGGCAAAGUGAUGAAUCUGGAUCCUUUCUGUUAUUUAUUUUGGGGAGACGUGAACAAGGUGUUUCAAUAAACACACACUUCAUCAUAAGGGCAGACGGAGCUAAACAUAUUACGACUGCAUUUUAUUGUUUGCUUGAAGGAAAAAAAAUCGAAAAAAAGGCUUGUACUUGACUACUGUGAAGUGCGUUCUGUACUGUAUUGCUCUGCAGAUGCUGAUUUCAACCAUUGCUGCCUACUCGUGCGGCAUUUUGUGUUUCUUUGGGUUUUACCGCCAUAGUUAGAACGUGACGUGUGACACACGCCGGUCGCUUCGCCUCUUUCCCCAGGGACAUCGGUGCAGAGAGAGCUGUCAUUGUCACCGCUCUGCGUCUCUCCGCUGUGAGACAAAAAGGCAGCGUCAUCCACAGGUUUCAUCGAGACCAGAAAGUCGCUGCGAAAGGACAUCAUUCGCGAGUGUAGCCGCAGUCGAGUAACAGCCGAAAUGCCCCCAAAAGAAGAACGCCACACCCCAUGAAUACUGAUCAGCUGACUGAAGAAGGGGUGAAUUAUGCGGCGGAUUAGCGUGUUCUCUGAGGAUCCUCCUUCAGCGGUGUCACAUGAAGCCAACCAAGCCUUCCGCCCCGGCAGGGACGUCACUAAUUGCCAAUUAGACAAAGGAGCCGACUCCUUGUACGACUUGUCAGAGAACAUCGCGCAUCGCCAUCAGCCGUUAGAACGUGAGGCCGUGACUGCAGGGGACAAGCCGUCCGUGAGGGGAGGAGCCUGUGGCAAUCAGACACGGGGCCAUAAGCUUCCCUCGCUACGAGGCCACGGUGCAUCGACCCGACCCCGGGACACUCUACGUGUCCACGCUUCCGCCUUCGUAGAACAACGUUGUGUAGCAACUAGGGCUGUCAAAUGAUUAAAAAUUUUAAUCAAAUUAAUCAGAAUUUUCAGUGGAUUAAUCAUGAUUAAUC